AUGGAAAAAGAACCAUCUCGUCAGGAGAUAGAGCUAACGUCUAAGGAGAAAGAGCCAUCGCCUAAGGAGAAAGAGUUUUCUUCCAUGGACCAAAUGGUGGCUAACAUCAUCGCACAAAUAGGAAGUAAACAUGACCUCGAAGAAGAUGCUGAAGAAGAUGACAGUGACCAUGAUGGGGAUGAGGCAUCUCAAGAUGAUGCUGGCAGUGAGGAUGAGAAUACAGAAGAAGAAGAUGUUGGCACUGAGGUAGAGAACACAGAAGAAGAAGCUGAGGAAGAGGAUGAGACAGCCGCAGAAUCUUCUGACAAAGGAUCUGGCCCCCCUAUUGAAGAUGAAGUCACUCAACCUCCAGCAGAAAUUCCCAAAACUCAUGUAGCUGGCUCCUCUAAUGCAGAGUUGAGGAAAAGAAGCAAAAGGAAACUUGCUGAUGGGCCAUCCAAAAGAAGCCCUUAUGUAGAACCAAUAUCAACUGGUCCACCGCCCAAAAGAACUCGGUCUCAGGCUGCAGGAGGUCGAGGGAGAGGCAGAGCCAGAGCCAGAGCCAGAGGCAGGGGCAGGGGUAGGGGCAGAGGCAGAGGGCGAAACAAUAUAAGCCAGAAGGAUGUUGGUGAGGAAGACGAGGUUGAGGAAGAAUCUCCUGACGAAGGCGUUGCUGAGGAAGACGCUGAGAUUGCAGGAAAGGAAUUUGUUUGGAAACCAGAGCGUCUCAACCCGAGUGGAUUUCUGAUUAGGAGUCCGGGAUUUGUGGAAGCAUCCAUUCCAUAA